UCUCUCUACAUGUGCUUCUAGUUGAUUACGUGUAAAUUUACACGUUUAAAUUUUGACGACAUAACAUCGUGAUAUUUUCUAGUUUUGGGAUUACACGGUGGAUAUUACCAUGCCUGAGAGCUUCUUGGUACGAAGCCUAGUAACAGAAAACCAAGAAGUUGAACUCAGCGUACAAGGAUGGACAGCUGCUCUGUUUGAAAAAAGGGAUAGAAUAGAGCCCCUUCACGGUCCGACGAAGGACAGAAAAUAGACCGCUCUUCAUCGAGAAAAAUAACACUGUGUAUGUUUUCAGGUCGCACUAAAGAAGAAUUAAGAAAUGAACUGUUUAUGCUUUGAGUCAUCAAUAUUAUCUUUCACGGCUACUGUUUUCCGCAGGAAAUCCCUGCGUCCCGUGAUACGAGGCCGGCGCAGUGAUUGGCCGAGACGGAUACUGACUGUGGGGUUGCUGUUUCAGCAGAGAGUGACGGCCCGAUACUGACGACUACAUGAGCAUGUGCCCGUCAAUAUAACCGAAUACCCCUGGCUGAAGUGUUAAUGUCACCGUCCUCAAGAGGAGUAGAGUACAGGCGAGUAAGUGGUUGAGAAACAUCACAACACUUGUAGUCAUCAGUAAUAGUGGUACAACUUUAUAUAGAAGAUGAAUUUUAACCAUCCUCUAUCAACACCUUUUUCUGUCAGAGAUAUUUUGGGAAACUGGACAGAACACUGUGCUUUAGAUUAUCCUAACAAUAUGAAUUUUAUGGCUGGAAAUGGACACUGCUUGGACAUGUCAGGUAAUAACAGAGUAAGUGACCAGAUAGGCUUUGGUAAUAACUCUUCUUGUCUAUACGGCAGUACACCAUCGCCAAGUGGCACACCAAUGCAACAACCUACCUACACUACAUUGUCGUGUAGUCCACCAACUGUGUCCUCCAUGGGAAUGACACUUCAUACAAAUCCACAAACAUCGCCUCUUCGGUCGGACCACAUCAUACCUGGGGGUAAUCAUAAUCACAACCACGCUGGACCCCAGCCUUCGGACCAGGCCCCGCCCGGUCACACGGGAGUGACAGACAACGCCUCAACAAAGAUGGAACAUGACAUACCACAAGCCGGAGCUACAUCCUUACCGGCGACAAACAUGCUGGACCAAAGUCAGCAUCAUCAUAACAUGCACCAGACAUCCCAUGCCGUAACUCCAAAACGUGAAGAAGACGAUAUCAUUGAAAUGGUUGAAAAGCAUAAACCAAACAUCCUGAACGAUUCCAGAGUUGAGAAUGAGAAAGAAAAGACACCUAAAGACAAACAAGGUGAAUGCCAUUUAAUGAAACAGCGACAAAAACGAAAACCUAGAGUGCUAUUUUCUCAAGCGCAAGUUUACGAAUUAGAAAGAAGGUUUAAACAACAAAGAUAUUUAUCAGCACCAGAACGAGAACAAUUAGCCAAUAUUCUAAAAUUAACUUCAACACAAGUUAAGAUAUGGUUCCAAAACAGAAGAUACAAAUGUAAGCGUCAACGACAGGAUAAAAACGUAGAAAUGGUCAGCAUGCAACCCGGACCUCCCCGUCGGGUUCAUGUUCCGGUCCUGGUCAGGGACGGUAAACCGUGUCAGAACGUCACUCAACCGUACUCCGCGCCAUACAACGUCAACCCUUUCGCCUACUCAGCGCCCCCAUACGGCAAUACCAUGAACAAUCACGUGUCAACCAUGAACCCAAUGAAUCAGAUCCAGCAAAGUGGAUACAUUUCACAACAACAAUUAAACCAAGGAAUACGCGCCUGGUGACAAUGAAACCUGUGUAGCGGUUGGCUACCUACAACCUGAUGCUCCAUAGUUACAGGUGAUGGUCGUCUUGGGACGUGAUGACCCUGAGGCCAGAUAAAAUGGUCCCACGUUCCUGAAGGGUGAGGAUAAUGUCCUGCUCAAAAUACGCGUCACUGGGGUCACGGAUGGGCGAAAUCUAAACUAGAACAAUGCAGUAGACGCAGAUCACUUAUUUUCAUUACAUCGACAAUCAGUCGAGUGUGACUUAUGUCAAUGAUGACAUGUCAAAUGUAUUGACAAUACUAUGUGCCAUGUUUUAUCUUAUCAACCUGGCGUCAGAAAUACGUACAGCUCUAUAGGUUCCUCAUGUAAAGGCGAAUAAGUUUCACACCUAAGACAUGGCAUUUUGUUGUUGAAGCUAUCAAAUAUAUAAAUCGUUGUACUUAUUAUCAUUACGGAUAAUAUGGAACCCUCUUCCCCCAUCCCCUCAUUUUCCACUUCCAAAUUCUAUCCUUUUGAAUUCUUCCUGAUCUCUCCCUGGUAUCAUGUAAAUUAAUUGUAUCGUAAGGUUACUGUCUAUUGUUUUGUAUAAGAACUGCUCCUGCUUCUUUCUGUUUGAUUCGAAAUGACAGCAACUUAUUAAAAUAAAUAUUUUUCACGAAUUGGCAUUUAUCCAACAUGACAAUGUGGCAAGUGUUGAACAAAAACUGACAAAAUCCAAACAAAUAAUGUUGAUAAACAGCACGUGCUGCCGUAUUUCUGGCGUCAAUAUAAUGUAAGUGUUAUCCCUGAUAAAUCAGAAUUGAUAACGUCGACAGGUAACUCAAUAUUACCUCACAAUCCUCACCAUACAGUGGCUUCACUUGAGUGGCCACACAUACUGAUUUAGAUGUGUAAAAAAAAUCAAAUGAAGUCACUAGUAACAAAUAUGUAUUUAAUCAUUUUUAAUUAUGUUUUACGAGUAAGUGGCCUUUAUUUACCCAUUACUAAGAUAUCUUGUAUUUGUUUGCUUUACAAAAUCAAUGUAAAUACGUGCACUGGUUUCAGUUUUUUACUCAGGAGAUAUUAGGCAUACAGCCGGCUAUUUUAUCGUGCUUUGUCUCGAACACAUUCCUAUGAUUUUUACCCAAUCUCACUAUUGUAAGUUUGUAUGGCGCUAUACAAAUAUUAUUUUGAAUUUUUAAGUUAGUUAUACAUGUUAAUUUGUGUCCUUUUUCACACGUGAAUGGAAAAAACCGAUGAUAAAGAGAUUAUUUAAAUGUAUACAAAUGUAUAUAUAUAUAAUUUUCUGGUGCGAUGUACAAACAGAAACAAGAAUAUCUCUAAAUUGUUUGUUUUUGCUUUGUGUAUAAACAGCUCUUGUGCAAGUUCAUCAACUAAGAUCCGAAUCUGAUUAUCAGUAAUUUAAAAACCGUUCCACUUCUAUUAGGAAAGGAAAUAUUCUGGUAUGACUUGUGUAACUUUACUUGGUCGUCGUCGACUUUUCCCUGUUUUCUGACUGUGAAAGCACCUUAUUGGGCGUGAUUGUGUUACAGUAUGUAUGUGUGACGUCAUUGUAGGAGUGGAGAUGUACCGCCCUUACCUGCCUGAUGUGUUGGUUGUUGUAAAAUAUGUAUGAGAGAAUACACAGCAUUAUGAUGCAAUGGAUGACUGGCUGAUAAUAAAUUCUAUGGUAAAAUACUACAUAUC